AUGCACCUCGACCAUCGACCAUCCUGUCGCUGCUGUGAGAAUACGACCCAGCCCGACCUGGACCCCCCCAGCUGCCGUCCAUGCAUCGCACACGCUCCACUGAAGAAGCCCGUUCACAAUCCACCUGAACCCGAACAGGAGCUGCCCGUGAAUAAUGUGGUAGGUGAUUGUCUUUUGUUUUGCUGCUACCAUGCGGAUACAAAUACAAAGUACACUACUUACUUGGCCUCCAUUUUACGCGACUACGUUUUGGGCCCCCAAAGCCGCAAGUUCAAGUCCACUUGCACCGUCGCCAUCCAACUUCCCCUCAACCCCUGCUACCCUGUCCGGCCGACCAAGUGUGCAAGCCUGCACGCCUCCCACCACGCGAGCGAGCCAAGCCAAGCCAAUAUUGCUGCCAGCUCCCUCCCCAAAAUCGACCAUCCAUCCCGUCCCAUCUCACCCGCGUUCGCGCACUCGUUGCUCCUUCUUAACCUCUUCAUCCCCCCCCCAGCCAGAGCCAGGGAUCGUCGCCGCCUUCCAAGAGCCUCACCUCGCCUCGUCUCGCCCGUCCGACAGAGCUGA